AGCGGUGGGCGUGGCAAAAGGGUCAGUCCGAGACAAGCAGGAGUGGUCGGAACCUUCUUCCCCAUCCUCCCCUUCCCCUUCCCCUUCCCCUACGGGGAAAGGCUGAGAGCCGGCACCCAGGCCACCCCGCGGCCGCCGUGGCCUCAGCUGCAGCCCGGCCCCGCGUCCGGAGGACCCAGGCGGCGUCCAGGACGAGUGCUUCUGAUUGUGACAUCAUACCCACCCCUUGGCCAUGAAAGUUGUCACCAGGAAGAAAGACUCAGUUGGAGAAUAACCAACAAGAUGCGAUACUGGGAGCAUCUCCUGAGCGGCACUGAGUGGAGGCAUCAGGGGGUUGGAACCUUGUAAACAGGGAACCUGCCCCCCUGCCCCUCCCCCCACCUAGAAGGACCUGGGUUUCAGUGAUGAGACAUGGGGUAUGAUGUAACGCGUUUCCAGGGGGAUGUGGAUGAGGACCUUAUCUGCCCUAUCUGCAGUGGAGUCUUGGAGGAGCCAGUACAGGCGCCUCACUGUGAGCAUGCCUUCUGCAACGCCUGCAUCACCCAGUGGUUCUCUCAGCAGCAGACGUGCCCGGUAGACCGUAGCGUUGUCACCGUUGCCCACCUGCGCCCAGUACCUCGGAUCAUGCGGAACAUGUUGUCAAAGCUGCAGAUCUCCUGUGACAACGCUGUGUUUGGCUGCAGUGCUGUUGUCCGGCUUGACAACCUCAUGUCCCACCUCAGUGACUGUGAGCACAACCCGAAGCGGCCUGUGACCUGUGAACAGGGCUGUGGCCUGGAGAUGCCCAAAGAUGAGCUGCCAAAUCACAACUGCAUUAAGCACCUGCGCUCCGUGGUGCAGCAGCAGCAGACUCGAAUCGCAGAACUGGAGAAGACGUCUGCUGAACACAAGCACCAGCUGGCAGAACAGAAGCGAGACAUCCAGCUGCUGAAGGCUUAUAUGCGUGCGAUCCGCAGUGUCAACCCCAACCUUCAGAACCUGGAGGAGACAAUCGAAUACAAUGAGAUCCUCGAGUGGGUGAACUCCCUGCAGCCAGCCAGAGUGACCCGCUGGGGAGGGAUGAUCUCCACCCCUGACGCUGUGCUCCAGGCUGUAAUCAAGCGCUCCUUGGUGGAGAGCGGCUGCCCGGCCUCUAUUGUCAAUGAGCUGAUUGAAAAUGCCCAUGAACGAAGCUGGCCCCAGGGUCUGGCCACACUAGAGACAAGACAGAUGAACCGGCGCUACUAUGAGAACUACGUGGCCAAGCGCAUCCCCGGCAAGCAGGCCGUUGUGGUGAUGGCCUGCGAGAACCAGCAUAUGGGUGACGACAUGGUGCAGGAGCCAGGGCUCGUCAUGAUAUUUGCGCAUGGUGUGGAGGAGAUCUAAGAGCACAGCUGGCUGUGAGGAAGAGGUAGAAUUGGAAAAGCCCAUUGCUCCAGCCGCUGAGCCCAGAGCUCUCCCCCUGUCCUUAUGCCAUGGCUUGACAUCAGCCGCAAAGUCCCUGCUUUUCUGGCACAAAGGACCUUGGGGCGCUUCACUCAGCCUCUCAGCGGGGGAACACAGAUUCCUGCCUUCUGCCAUAUUCCUUCCCCCACAAUGUCUGUAAAGUUUCAGUCUGGGUGGGAAAACCCCCACUUCUGUAUUUACCUGCCUAAGAUCCCUGGUUCCCAAAUAUUUUUCAGAAAGCACAAAGAAAUUUGUUUUCCCCAGAGGAUCAGGGUGGAGUGAGGAGUCUCUAAUUGUCCCUCUCUUCCAAAACCAGGGGAUCCGAGCAGGCAGACUUGCUGACUUCCCGCAGCUCUGAGGAGCAGACAUCCAGCAGAAGUGCUGAGGGUGUUCCCGGUCAUCACUGACAGCCCUUGGGGAAGAUUGGACCUUUGUGCCAAGCGUAUCCCUGUGCAGCCCGCCUGUGAGGUGCAGGCCUUGCUGCGUGUGCGGGCUGGGAUGCUGAGAUGCCCAUUCGAACUCUUCUUUCCUUCACAUUCUCAUAAUUAGGGAGGGGCAGGGCUGGGGCGGGGUCCAUACACUCAGCAGGAAGCAGUGUCGGCUCUGCUGACCAGGACCGGCACUGUCUCAUGGUGUGCCCCUGGUACCUCCAUAGGCCCCUCUCCAGCCCUGUGAUUGUAGUUUGAUUUCCUUUAGCAUUGCUUGUUUAUAUUUCCCGAGUCACAAAUCCCUUCUGUACCCGAUUUUGUUUUCAUAGAAUGGCCUGGUUAUGGCUAUCCUACUCUAGCCCGGCCACAUUGUUGGCAAUUUAAUUUAUUUACCUUUUUUUUUUUAAAGAAAGGAAAAAAGAAAAAAAAUCGAAACUUAAAACCUUUCUUUUGCUGUUCCUAUUGUGGGGUUAGGGUGGGGCUGGGUAGGAUCUGUUUUAAUGUUUCCUUUUCAGCACAGCCUUUGGGCUGAUACCCGCUCUGGCCCUACCCCUCCAUCACCCUGUGUGAAACAGGAACAGUCCAAUGCCAGUGCCCGUGCCCCAUGAAGAAAUUUGCUCCUGCCGGGCGGUGGUGGUGCACGCCUUUAAUCCCAGCACUCGGGAGGCAGAGGCAGGCGGAUCUCUGUGAGAUCGAUGCCGGGCUGGACCGAUAGCCUCCAAAACAAUACAGAGAAACCCUGUCUCAUAAAACCAAAAAAAGAAAGAAAUUUGCUCCUGCCCCUUGGUCUCCUUGUGAAAGCUCAGAAUUGGCAUAUACAUUUUGAUGGCAACUCUUUUUGUGUUUCCUGAGGAAACUUCUGCUUAUCUGGGUUCUAACCUUCAAAUGGGAUACAGAUUAGAUAUGUCUCCAAAAACAAGCUGAAUACACUGUCCAACCUGAGGCCGCCUUAGGACUUGGGGGCCACUCGGGGCUCUGUGGGUCCCUGCUGGUCCCUGUGGUAGAGUAAGCAAGGAACAGUGGGUGGUAUGGUUGUUCUAGAAGUGCGGGUUGCAGUGGGGCGGCAAGGUCAGGGCUCCCCUUCGCCAUGUACUAGCUUCUCCUUGAGAGGUCGUCCAGGCAGCUGUGGUCGAGGGGGCCGAGUCAUGGCUCCUUUGGGAUGGAUGGAUACCCCUUGAGAACCUUAAGGAAGAGGUGGUGUUCCAGCUCCAGGGCGCCGUGCCCAGGAAUGUGAAGAGGCUGCUGUACUUGGUGGAGUUUCUGUGUUCUGUUUUUCUCAUUCCUCUUUGCCUUGUCCAGGCCUACACUGUCCCUCUUCCUUACUCACAGAUGAGUGCUGAGGUGAAAGCCUGUGCGCCUGUGCAGCAGCCGGUGUCUCUGCAGUUGUCUGGCUGUGCUGGCCUUGCUGUCCAUGGUGUUCGAUAAUAAAUCUGUCACUCAACUCUGA